ACUCCGCUGCUGCUGCUGCUGCUGCUGCUGUUGUUGCUGCUGCUUUGUUGUCCCCGUCGAGCAGGAGGUCACUCAGUCCGAGCAGGAGUCCGCUCAGAGCGCACACAGGCCCCGCACAGCUGCCCACAACACACCCGCACCACGUUUCUCCGCAGGUUAGCGCAGACAAAAACACAUAAGGCACCAUGGGGAAAGGCUGCAUGACAGCGACCAAGUACUUCCUGUUCCUCCUCAACCUCAUCUUCUUUCUGUUCGGGGCCGUCAUCAUGGGUUUUGGACUGUGGCUCCUCCUGGACAAUCAGAGCUUCAUCGUCGUCCUCAAUAACUCCACACCUGUGAAGGUGGCCUGCUACAUCCUGAUUGGAGUCGGGGCUUUCUCCAUGCUCAUGGGCUUCCUCGGCUGCUUGGGGGCCAUUUAUGAGAUCCGCUGUCUGCUUGGCCUGUACUUCACCUGCCUCCUGCUGAUCCUCAUCGCUCAGAUAGCAGCUGGAGCCCUCAUCUACUUCCAGAAGGAUGUGUUAAAUGACGAGAUGUCCAAGAUCGUCACCAAGGUGCUGCACAACUACCCUGGGAACAACUCCACCACAGAGCAGGCCUGGGACUUCAUCCAGAGGAAUAUGGAGUGCUGUGGCUGGAGCGGUCGUAUGGACUGGAGCGGUAACAUGGUCAUCGUCAACAGCUCUCAGCUGCUGUUUCCCUGCUCCUGCCAGAACAUCUCGCUCGCCACCGGAAACUUCUCUGACAGCGGCUUCUGUGAGGCUCAGACGCCCGACUGGCCCGUCUACGAUGUGGGCUGUGCUGCCAGCGUGGAGAGCUGGCUCCUUACCAACAUCGGGAUGGUGCUGGGAAUCAGCCUCGGAGUGGCUCUCAUUAAGCUGCUGGGGAUGAUCCUGUCCAUCUGCCUGUGCAGGAACAUCCACACAGAGGAUUACACCAAAGUGCCAAAGUACUAAAGCUCGAUGGAGGCAGUUACAAGGUUGAACUGCAGAUGCACAGAAAGAAAGAGGGAGUAAAAAAUAAUGAAUUUUCCAGCCUAUAUCUGGUGAAACGUUGUGUCCAAAUGUAAAAAUAAUGUGUUUUUGCUUUAUAUUUUGUUGGAUUUUUCUUCUUUUGAGGCACUUCCAUCUUUGUUUUGUCAGUCCAGUUUCUUUGGAGCACUUUAGAGACUUUUCUAGUUGUGAACUUUGGAUCAGAGAAUGAUGCUGAGAUGUGAGAGGAUCAGAGGAACUUAAAGUAAGAAGUGAUGGAUGAUGAGAAAGUGAAGCGUGAGGUACAUGUUCCUGCCCUGCCCGUACACGUUCUCAGGCUCAGAUUAGUUUCCAUAUUUUCUGUUUCUCUGUAAAUUAUCGCUUCCUGGUUUUUGAUUCCCUAAAAAAUCUGAAGAGAAAUCACGUUUGUUGUCUGUAAAGACUGAAACAAAGCUAAGUUGGUUUUUUUUUUAGAUUCUGCAUGACAUCUGAUUUGGACAACUGGAAAAUCCACCUCGUGGUGUGUUGUUUCUUUUUGUUUUUUAUUUUAAUACACCAGCGUUUUGAGUUUUUGUGAAAUGUUUUUAGUACUUUGUAUAUAAUUUUAGUCAUUAUUUGUGUGACUUUGAAUCCAAAAAAACAAAAAUGCUGCCAGUUCUUUAGCAGCUGGUUUCUCCCUGAAUUUUUUUUUAAAGUUGGUUGUUUUCUUUUUCAUGUUUUCUUAAUUUUUGAAUUGUCAGGAUUUUGUUCUGGAAAUAAUAGAAAUAAUGAGAUACUAAAGAGGAACAUUUAUGAUAAUUGUUUUCUGAAAGUGUCACUCUCAGUUUACAACUGUCUUCUGACAAGCAAACAUAAGACUUUUCUUUUUUCUUUUUUCUUUUUUCUUUUUUCUUUUAAAGCUUUAAGUUCAUAGCCCAUAUUCUACCGACCAUAACCUGAAGAGUGAACUGUUUAUUUUUAACCACUUUUGAAGGAUGUGAUAAGUUGAAAUUUACACAACAGAUUAUUUUGGAGCAGAGGAAAUAUUUUGGAGGAAAUUUGUUUAUACAGAAAAAUCAUUUGAACUUCAUUUAUAUACAAUUUUAACAUUCAGCCCAGAUGUUGUUGUUGUUUUUAUAAUGUACAAAUCCACUCUCCUGUUUUCUGUUUAUGUACAGUCUGUAUGAAAAACAUUCCAUUAACCUUAUAAAAAAAAA